AUGAGGGCAGAACUGGUGCAAGCUCGAGCUUCGUCAGCUGGUGGGUGCCAGGAGAGCGGUGACGCAGCAGGCAACGUACCGGACGCAGCGCGGGCUCGAUCCGAAGCGGCUCAACUUGCAAGAGAAAAUGCUGCGCUCAGGGAAACUGUUCUUGCAUUACACUCUGAACUUUUUGGAGCCAGACUGGCGACGAAGUACUUGGAUAAAGAGCUAGCGGGAAGAAUACAACAAUUACAACUCCUCGGUCGAGACAUGCGUGCCGAACUGCGUGAUUCACUUUGGGCGCAGGUAGAAGCAGAAAUCCUGGUACAACGUCACAAGACGCUGGUGCGAGUGUGCCGCGGGGCAGGCGCGGGAGGAGCGCGCGGCGCGGCGCGUCCCCCGCCCGCGCCUCACCCCGCGCGCGCUCUCGCCCGCACCGUGCGUGUGCGCCGCUCUCCGCAUCUGGGACUCGGCAUUUCCGUCACUGGUGGUCGUGAGCAUGGUGUUCCUAUUCUGAUCUCAGAGCUAGAGGCGGGCGGGCCCGCUGCACUUACUGGGGAACUUUACGUCGGUGAUGCCAUACUCGCCAUCAACGACGUUGAUCUCACACAGGCUUGUCACAAGGAAGCGGUACAGGCGCUGCAGAGUGUGAAGGGAGACUGCGCGCUCUGCGUACAGUUUAUAGCGACCGACGAUGAGGACAGAUUAUCAGAAGAUAACUACAGGUUUCCACUGUAUCCUGAGGAUGGGGAAGUGUUCGGCGUCGAACAAGAUGGGUCGGGAGCAACACCGACCGCACCACGCACUCCUGAAUAUAAUAGGCGCACCUCAGAGGCUGGCUCGGCCAGCGAGUGCGGGUCUGACACGUACCGCGUGAGCGCCCCACCGCCCACCACUUAUCCUGACUAUAACAAUAUCAACAAUAAUCUCAAUAUACUCGACAUGGACGACGACUCAAUAAAAAUAGAAACUCGGCUUGAGUGGUCGGGCAACGGUCGUCCGGGCCGCGUGACGCGCGAGUGCUCGUCGGGCGAGUCCAACAACUCGACGCCGGUGCACGCGCGACCGCUGGUGAUCAAGAAAAAGCGCAAACCGCAGGAUUGGCGCACUAAAGGUGCAUAUCGGCCUAUCGAACUAGAAACUCCAUCGUCCGACGAGCCCCAAACGGAAGCACCAUGCGACAAUGCUCUGGCGGUAACAGAUGGAGUGGCAGAAUCACCGCUAGCGCCUCCGUCCCCAGCGCCAGCGCCUGCACCUCUGCCGGCUCCACAGGAGAUAGUGCAAACUCUCAUUGAAAUCGACACUAAAGACUACAGAACCGAGCCUAAACCAAACAAGCCCGUCAACGGCGAGAUCAAACCUAUUAGAAGAGAAUCAAAAGGAUUCAGGAUAGGCUCGGCGCGGAGAGUGACGGAAGGCGCAGCUCUAACUAACGGUGAGGCGGAACGGACGAAGUUUCCACCGCGGCUACUCGCCGGUGACGGGGACCCGGACUUUGGCACUCCGGUGUGA